AUGACCAAAGUGCAGCUGCUGAACGCCUACCUGACGGAGCGGCUGACGGUGGUGGUGAAGGAGAUCCUGGCCGUGGUGGAGGACACGGUGUCCGAGUACCGGGAGGAGGCGGCGCGCGCACGGCAGGAGAACGACAGCCUCCGGCGGCAGCUGCGGGACAUCCUGCUGCUGGAGGCCGAGACCGAGUGGCUGAGAUCCACUGGGUCAGUUCUGAGUUUCGCACCCCCCGAGCAUCAGUCCACCGAUCUGGACCAGAGUCCCCACCCCCAGAACCUGACUCCCCCCCCAACCCGGCCCCGACAGCCCCCCGUGGUACCAGUCCAGUUGGAGACCCCCCCACAGCAGAACCUGGUCCCGGGUCAGGAGCAGGCGGACCCGGUCCCAAAACCCGAGGGGGUUCUGAAACCCAACCCUCUACUGGAGCCUCCUCAGUCCUCCUUGGUCAUGGUGGUCCAGGAGGAGGUCCAGGUUCUGGCCCCAGCUCGGGUUCCAGUUCUGAUCAAAGCUGAACCAGAGGAGGUGAACGUGAGUGAACCUGAACACACCGCUGACGGUGCGACGUGGGAGGAGGCGGGGCUGCGAUGCAUGACAGAGGUGGACAGGAUCCAGACAGACUCCCACGAGACCCAGAGGACCAAGACCAGCACCCGGGACCAGGAACUGUCCUCGGUGGUGGCGGACGACGACAGCGGCACGGCGUCCUACGUCCCUGAACUGGUCCACCGCUGCCCCCGCUGCGGCGAGGCCUUCGGUCAGGCUGCAGGGCUCCGCCUCCACCUGGAGCAGAAGCGAAAGACGUACGCCUGCGACUGGUGCUGCAAGUCGUUCGCGCAGUCGGCCGACCUGCGGCGCCACCUGCGCACGCACACGGGCGAGCGUCCGCACCGUUGCACCUUCUGCUCCAAGAGCUUCAGCCAGAGGGGGAACCUGCGGCGCCACCUGCGCAUCCACACAGGCGAGCGUCCGUACAGCUGCCCGUUCUGCUGCCGCACCUUCAGCGACGGCGACACCAUGAAGAAACACAAACGCACGCAUUCGGGCGAGAAACCGUACGGCUGCGCUCACUGCAGUAAGACCUUCAGCAGCGCCGGCGGUCUGCAGGUGCAUCUGAGGAAGGACCGCUGCUACGCCAGUGCCAACGCAUGAGUGCCUGAGCACCGACGGACGGACGGAAGGAUAGGGGGCGGGGCUCAGAUGGGGCGGCGCCACCUGCAGGACUGCAUCAACUGCACAAGACGUUCCUGAUGUUGAUGAUAUGGACAAAAGUCUGUGGACGCAUUGAAUUCAGGCGCUUUUUAAAGACGUGAAUGUAGUUUUAAAAUGAACAGGUCCAAACCCUGAACCUGGUCCAAACCUUGAACCAGCUCCAAAUCUUGAACUAGGUCCAAACCCUGAACCAGGUCCAAACCUUGAACAAGCUCCAAAUCUUGAACUAGGUCCAAACCCUGAACCAGGUCCUAACGUUGAACCAGCUCCAGAUCUUGAGCUAGGUUGCAACGGUGAACCAGGUCCAAACCUUGAACCAGGUCCUAACCUUGAACCAGGUCCUAACAUUGAACCAGGUCCUAACGUUGAACCAAGUCCAAAUGUUGAACCAGGUCCAAACCUUGAACCAGGUCCUAACCUUGAACCAGGUCCUAACGUUGAACCAGAUCCUAACGUUGAACCAAGUCCAAAUGUUGAACCAGGUCCAAACGGUGAACCAGGUGCAAACCCUGAACCAGGUCCAAAUGGUGAACCAGCUCCAAAUCUUGAACUAGGCCCAAAUGUUGAGCCAGGUCCAAACCUUGAACCAGGUCCAAACGGUGAAUCAGGUAAAAAUGCUGAACCGGGUCCCAAUGUUGAACCAGGUCCUAAAGUUCAACCCGGUCUAAACCUUGAACCGGGUCCAUGUGGACACAAAACAAACCCCCCCCUUUUCCACCAACAUUCCCAGGGCGGUUUAAUUUCCUGGUAAAUGACUCCUGUUCAUCUGUGGUUUGCAUUCGGUUCAUUCACUUCAGACUUGUUCGUUUCCUGUUGAUGUUCUUCUGUGAAUCUGUCGGAUUCAAACAGACACAGAUUAUAACAACGACCACUAGAGGGAGUGGAGCCCAAAAAACUCACAUUCUACGCAUUCAACCUAUAGAUACGAUGAAGCCCCAGAAGAAAAUACGAACACUGUCACUACGACAAUACAGUCAUAAAAUAUGGAGAUAAAACCUGUAAUUUUACAAGAAUGAAGUCGUAAAAUUAUGAGAAUAAAGUCGUAAUUUUAAAAUAGGUGUAAAAAUAUCUUCAUUUCCAGAAUACAGUUGUACCCGCUGGUCUAUUAGCCCCACUCACCAAAUACUGAACCUAUUAGCCCUGCCCACCAUCAACACAUUAGCAUUAGUCGAAGGACUUUGAAGACAGUUCGCACACAUUUGGGUUUGUUUUGGUGUAAGAGCUGAACAGGUUUGGAGUAAAUUCUCUCUUUUAUGGAGGAGGAACUGACUGAAGUGUUCGACUGAAGGGCUAGCGCUGUAACCGGAAACUGUCAUCAACAAGGACUAAAGGUUACAGUUUAUAAAUUAUGACUUUUUAUCGCACUAUUGUGAAUUUAUUUUCAAAAUAUUACGACUUCAAUCUCAUAAAAGUAUGACAUUAUUUUUGUUAAAUUAUGUUUUUUUUUUUUUAAAACUACAACUUUAUUCUCAUAAUAUUACGACUUUAUUCUUGUGGUGACAAAUGUAUUUUUCUGAUGUGGCCUACUUCACCGUCAUUGGUAGAUUCACCAAGAAAACAUAUUCAGACUUAAUGUAAAGUCGUAAAAUUUAUAAGAAAAAACAAAUUUAUCUGAACAAAAGUCUGAGUCUUUGAAGAAAAAUCAAUAAUCACCA